AUGCUUCGAAGAUUUCUUUCCGACAAGCUAGGGUUUUAGGUUUAUAACCUCUGCCAAAAGGAAAAAAAAAAAAAUUUCCUUCAACAGUUAUCGGAAUCAAUGGCGUCUAGGGUGUCGCUUAAGAGCAAAGGGAAAAGCAGCAGCGGGAAGGGAAACAAAGUUAUGGAAGAGAAAUCGAUGGCGCAGUGCUUAAAGGAGUGGAGCACUUGGACUAUGAAGAAGGCUAAAGUCGUUACUCAUUAUGGAUUCAUUCCUUUGAUUAUCAUAAUCGGUAUGAAUUCCGAGCCUAAGCCCCAGCUUUACCAGCUCCUGACUCCUGUCUGAUCAAAUCAAUCGAUGCCAGAUCGGGAUGGUUUGGCUUCUCUUCUUUUGAGUCGAUGCCUAUUUGUCGAAUCUACAUGGAUUGAUUGAGGGUUCUUAUUUUAGCGUAGGAGAUGUACGAUCUAUGGAUUUUAUGUAAGUCUGUGGAUGGUUUAAUUAAUAUAAUAUGUGAAAGUUUUUUUAAUCGUAUUUGUGGGUGUGGAUUUUUGGUUGAAUAAUACAAAAUAUUUGCUGGUUAGGGUUUUCGUA